AUUUGUGAUCAUUCAGGAAUCAGGAUUGUGAAUGACUUUCAAUGUUGUGCUUGCUCAGCGAUAAGCUUUGUUGUUUGCAAGGCUUGUGUGUGUAGAAAUAUAAAACUAAACAUUUUAUCGUUAUUUUCUUUCUACAAUCUACAUUACUAGAAGGUGUUAAAGAUGAAAUUAAAGCGAUGGGUACCUACAAAAUGAGUAAAUUCCACACUGGAUCAUUUUUACAAGUGUUGCAUGAAGAUGACUGAAGACAUUGGCUGAUUCAACGACUUCAAAAUGAGCGCAAUCCGAGAACGCUGUUCUCUCUAUGUCGUCAAUCUUCCCAAGAAGCUUACCAGUCGUAGAAAUCUUCAAGCACAUUUUUCACAAUUUGGUGAUGUUAAAAAUGUAAGUGUGGAUAAAGAGCUUAAAACUGGCACGAUUGAGUUUUCUAACCAUUUUGAAGCUCAGACAGCAAAAACUCAGGGAACAAAAUUUGAAGAUGAAUCAUUGAACAUUUUGUGGUCAAGAUCUCCUCUAGAUCCUAGAGGUAUGGGUAGACAAGAACUUGCAGUUGUUGAAUCUGACACAUUGUGGCAAGAAGAUGACAAGGAAUGUUUUGGAGUGGAAACAGCUCAAACAAAAGCAAAUUCAGAUGAUAAAAAACAAUCAGCAAAAGAUAUGAUCAAACAGCAUUUGAAGUUGACUGGUGUAAAGAAAAGACUUGGUCCAAAAAUUGGAGAUCCAACCAAACAGGAAACAUCUUCAAAAUCACCAAUUAAAAUUUCCAAAGUUGGAAGUAAACCAUUGGUUACUCUAAGAAAGAGUCUUUUGAGCCAAGGAAAUAAACAGAAACUUGGGAGGAAAGAUGGGGAACCUUCUCAUCGGUCUGUUGUUACUAAACUGAAAAAGUCAUUAGUUUCUCAAGAAGAAGUUUCAAAACCAAUAACUUCAUCAAAUUGUGAACAAGUGGAUCUGAAAUUUAAGCUAUCGAUGUUAGAUGAAAGGGAUAAAUUGAUCAGAAAAGAAACAGUUCAGGAUUCAAACAUUAAAACUGCACUCAUUAUCAAGGGCACUUGUCCAGAUAUGUGUCCUGAAAGGGAAAGGAUUCUGCGACAAUUGAGACAUGGAGUUGCUACAUACGAGAGGAUACCAGGAACUUAUCAAAUGGAUGAAAAUAAAGCAGUCAAGGAGUACAUCAGAAGUUCAGCUGAUCAGGAAGUACCACUGGCUCAUGAUUUACGGCCUGGACCUGUACUCUCAUUAACAAUGAACUACCUUAUCACAAAUAUCAUCAACAGGGUUGAUAAUUCUGACGAGAAUAAAGCUAUAUGGUACAGUUUUUGUUGGAACCGACUAAGAAGUAUCCGUAAGGACAUAAUUCUACAACAGCUUUGUGACAUGGAAACUGUAGAAAUCGUUGAGCAGUGUGCUCGGUUUCAUAUCUGUUGUUAUGACCAUAUGUGGGGAGCCGAUGUAAGUGGUUUUGAUGACAAAAUCAAUACCCAGAACCUAAUUGAUUGUUUGCAGACUUUGAAACAUAUGUAUGAAGACUUGGCAAAACACAAUGUCACUUGUCCAAAUGAACCAGAAUUUUACUCAUAUCUCAUCUUACUAAAACUGAAAUCUGGCGAUGUAAUGUGGGAGUAUCAACAGUAUUCACUGGAUGUUCAGUUUUCUUCCCAUGUUCAAUUUGCAAUUGAAGCUUACAUGGCUUUUAAAAAUAACAUGUACUCCAAAUAUUUCAGUCUUGUUAAAAAAGCUUCAUACCUUACAGCUUGUUUGAUGCAAAGAUAUUUUGAUGAAGUUAGAACUCAGGCAUUGAAGACCAUGAUGAAAGCUUACUGUCUUCCUGGAAAAAAUGUUGGUUUGUCAUCAUCGUUUAUUGUGUCAAGCUUGAAGUUUGAUUCUGAGAAAAAUGCUCUCAGAUUUUGUGAAAAGGAAGAAGCAGACGUGAAGCCAGAUUAUGAUGGAGGGACUCAUGAUGAUUACAUCUCGACAUCAUCUUUCCUCAUUAGAGAGAAACGCAUGCCCAUUUCAAAUGCAGUAGUCGGAGAAAAUAAUCCCUUACCAGUUUAUACUCCCCAUGAAGUUCAUACAAGUUUUGAUGAGCUAGGAAAAUUGAAAACUUCAUUCCAAAUUACUUUGGAUGAGGGUGUUGUGGAUAUGUCUAGUGGAAGUGUAUUGUCAGAUGAGGAUAACAUGGACGUCAAUACCUGUGAAAUUGAUGCUGAACAAAAAUCCUUCAAAUUUUCCAUCAGCCCAACAAAAAUACCUGAAAACUUAUUCAGUAAAACAUUGUUGUCAGACAAAGAUGAAAUAGAGUUGCCACAAUCAGGUGGGGUUGGAAUUAAAAGUGAAGUAACACAAUUUUUUAAUGACAAUAAAGAUCUCUCUAAAACUCAGUUUAGUCCAAGCAAUACCUUUAGUAUGGGAGAAAUUGAGCCAUUUGAAGUAAAACAAGAUUUUAGUCAAGAAAUGAUCUGUGAAGAUAACGAUGUUGUUAUUUCUAGUACUGAUGAACAAAUGCUCCAAGCUGAAAAUAAUACUCUUAAAAUGUAUGAACCAGAUCACCAACAUCCUUUUUCAACUAAUUUUUCAGUUGACAUAAAACCUAAUUUGUUAAUUGAUAACAAGGAAAACAAAGCACCAUUCUUCACUAAUAGCAAUGAUUUCCAACUACAAAAAUUUGAGAAUGUCAAACCAUCUAAAGAAUAUAAUUCCGUAGAAAAUUUUAAAUUUACUUUUACUAUGAAUAAAAAUGAAAGAGAAUAUACUGAUUUGCAUAGAGAAGAACAUUCUAAAACUUUAAACAAAACAAGUAUGUAUAAUAUAAUGAAAAAUGAUGUCACAUCUGAAUUUUUAAGCCAAAGUUCAACUGAUGAUAAGAACAAAAGAGGAAUGAUGUUUGGAAGCACGCAUACGAGUUUCCUUUUUCCUCAAGAUGAACUGAAAGAAUCAAACGAAAUAACCAAGAAAUAUGCUCCUGAAGAAGAGGACAAUGAACUGGAAGAUCUCGAGGCCAUGAGAGAAGCUCUUCUGCUCGAAAAGAGGAAAAAAGAGCAGUUUGAAGAAGAAAAAAGACAAAUGGAAGAAAUGGAAAGAGUAGAAUUGGAGAAACAAAGAAGAAAAAUAGAAGAGCAAAAUGUGUUAAAAGCUUUGAGAAAAGAUGUUAGUCAAAGAUUAAAAGCUAUUAAUGUUCGUAAGUAUGCACGCCAGUGGAAGAAAAAGGUGGAAAAACUCAAAAGAACAAGACAGGAUUUCCCAAUGUUGAUUCAACUGUCUGUAAGUGACCAUUUGUCAUUGUGGGGUACAGUCAAUUCCAUUCCAACACAGAGUGUUUUCCAAAGAGCCAGAGAUAAAAUAAAUCUAAAAAAAAUUAGUUCACAUGUGCUACGAUAUGGAAUAACAGAAUCUUAUAAAUUCAUUGGAUAUGAUUUAGCAGAAAUGUUGGCAAAGUCUGCAGUUCGAAAAAUGAAAAAGGGUGUUAAAAAUCCAGUUUAUUGGAAACUGGUAUUUUCUUUACCUUGGACUAAUAGUAAAUCUUGCUCAGAGUUGUGUGUGUUUAACAAGUUGAUGGGGAAGUGGUGUAGGCAAGCUUUCUACAAGAGAAAAGAUGCUUGUUUGGGUUCUGUAGAAUGCUUUAUGACAUCAUUGGCAGUUCCAGUUAACAUCUGCGUACGUUUAUCUGACAAUGGUGAAACAUCUCAAGGUUUAUUAGAAGCUUCAGAUGCAUCAAUAUUUGUGAUUGUGAAUGAAGCAGAAUCAAAAGAAAUGUGCCUUAAUAGGUUAAGAGACCUAGUAGGAUCUUAUGUGAAGAGUGAUGGUUUUUCUAUUGUAAUAAUGAAUAUUGGUGGAAACAAGUUGGAUCAAGUUUUAGAAAUUCAGCUGGAAGAGUUUCGAAAACAAAAUUUUAUUGAUAGUUGGAAAAUUGCAUAUUGGUCAAGUCCUGAUUCUAUAAUGGAUAAUCUGAAUUUUUUGACACAAGAAAUAAAUGUAGCUCCUAAUAUAAAGGCAAGUACUUUGGAAUUGUUAGUGAAGCAAGUUAGUGAUGAUUUUUUUGAUGCUUUAAGUUCCAGCCAGCACAUUUGCCAAGGGUUGGUGAAUGCUAUGAAGAGACCAAACUUUAUUUUGGAUCUCUAUAAUACUUGCCUGACAAAACUAGAAAAUUUGUUGGUGAGCAACAAGCUUGCAAAGUAUUUCAAUUUUCCCGAAGAGUUUAAGAGUUAUGUUCCACUACACGAGUCUGGAGGUCCUGAGUUGAUGUGUGGAAAGACGUUUGAUGGCUUUUACAAGAUGCAGAUAUCAAAGAAGUUAAAUGUUCUAAAACUGCCAUUGCUCCACAGCUGGCCACCAAGUUCCUGCAGUGACUUGGUGGAGAUGUUAAAGUCAUGUUGCUGUAAAGUACAUGAUAUGGAAGUUUUCGUUCAGAUUUUCAGGAUGAUAGAUCUGAAAGAUGACUCAAGUCUUCUUCAACACAUGGAGCAAGUUCAGUGGCUGGAAAUUGUGGAAAUAUGGGCACAGUGCAGUAUCAGACAUUCGUUUUUUCAUGAUGAGGAUAAACAAUUUUUUGUGAUGUUCGACAGAAAUGAUAUAGAAAAGGUAAUCAAAACCCGAUGGUGGAUCAAACAAACUCCUGAAGACUUUUAAGUUAAGAAAUAUUUAUGUCCAGUAUGAUUUAUUUUGAGUAAUUGUGUUAUUAUUCUACAUUUGAAAGAUUUAGAAAAACAGUUUUGAUACUAUUAAGAUAAAUUUAAUUUCAUGGGUGCAGUGUAUUACUACUAAAUUCACACUACUGAAUUAAAAAUUGGUGUAUCACACAUCAGUUAAAAUUUUAUUUUUAAUAUUGAAUUGUAAAAUUGAUAUGUGUUAUUAAUAAUUUAGGUAAACAAUACAAAUUUAAAUAAAAAGUAUAACGUUUUGUUUUAUUAUGCAGGAAUAGUUGUAAAAUCCAUACUUUAUUAUUACACUCUAAUUUUAAAAUUAAUUGGUAAAUUUUGUUGUUUGAGGCAUUUUAAAUCUUAUUUCAAUGUAAACAAAACUUUUUAUUAAAUGUUUGUGCUUGAUCGUAGGAACUAGAUUGUUACUAAGUUCACUCUAUUUAAUAGUGAGAUGUAAAUGUAUGCAUUGAUAAUGAAACUACACCUGUAAAAAAACUGCUGUUUAAUUUCUAGUAUAUUCUUUUUUAUUUUUUUUAUCUAUUUUUGACUAUUGUUUAUUAUAGAAUAAAACUGAUCUUACUUUUAAUUUUGUACUUCUUUCACCAAUUUGAAUAACUCAGAAAUAAAAGUACUUGGUAUAAAAUAAUUACUUGUUUGAAUUUAAAGUUGAAUAAAACUUUACCAUUUUACAAUUUUUUUUAGUUUCCAUUGUAAGGUAUGAUGGAGGUUAAUAUUGAUGUUUAUAUUAACAUCACUAUUUUAUGACUAGUGUAUAGCCAGUUAGUUUAUUUGAGGAUUUUGUCAAUAGACAAACAUAAAAAUGACAGUAUUUGUGUAUUUUUUACUCAAAUUGACUAUAUAUUUGUAAAAUAUGAUUGUAAGUUUGUUAAGAAUAUCUAAAAA